CAUUGCAGCCCUAACUGAUAGAACUCCUGGCGUAUGAUGAUAAAAACGUUAUCUUUGAAUGAAUAUUUGGGUUCUUUUAAAACCCACUUGGUGAUCAUUUCUCUACUACUGAUACGGGGACUUUCGGACAUGCAGAAUUAAGUGUUAAGGACAUUGCUACUUAAUCUAUUUUUUAAAGAAUGAAAACACAGUUUUAUUUGAUGAAAAUAAUUUACUAUGUGUACAUGUAUUAAACUCUCCGUUUCAAAUUACACGUGUUCAACAACAAAAAACAAUUAAAUAAAAGUAAUUUAAUUAAAGGAAAACUGAAUGCGAAGUCAAUUUAAUUUGAAUUAUAAUUGGAAAUACGCAAUGUGCAUACACCCACGGACUACUUUUUCUCACCGCCUGUCUACCUUCCGAGUGUGCAGGUAAGAGUAGCGUUUUAAAAUGGCGGACUGUUUUAGGAUGAAAAAAUGUCCGCCAUAUUGGAAUUAAAAAACUCUGAUUAUUUUAUGGGCAGGAAUAAUAGGUUUACAAAACUUGUGGGAACUACCGGACAUCUGCCAGCAGACGAACUUUGACAAGCAGAUUACAAUACGAACGAUCAACUUUAAUGUCACCACGUUGUGGCUAUAUCUUGGCCAGUCUGACUGUUUACUUAGUCUCGGAAUUACUUGAAUGUUGGAUUGAGAAAGAUUGAGGGGGGUAAUAUUUCCCAUAACAAAAAUAUGAAUUAACCUUGUUGAUAUACCUUAGUGAAUGAAUUCUUUGAUUUGAUCAAAAAAUUGACGAUCAAUCUAAAAGUUAAGGUACAUCGUUAAAGUCAAAGAAGACAUCUUAACGGAAGUAAAAAUUGGGAUUGGUUCCCAGCGCGAGUGUACCUGAUGAUCAAAAUGUCCGAACGAGUGAUGGUCAGUACCGAGAAUAUGUCUUAUAACUUGUCCACGGUAGCGUCAUCCGAAUUAAAGUAUAAAAUAGAGCAACGAUUCAAAGAGGAAGCGAGUUUACCAUACAGCAGACAAUUCUCUCCAAAUCAACAGCAGAACCAGUCACCCGGUCCACCUCGCAUUUCACCUAAACCUCAAGAAUAUAGCGAAGAACCCAACGAGAAACAAAACAGUCCAGGGGAAGCAGAAUAUGAGCAACGAAUGCAAAGACAAACGGAAAGCGGGAUAGUGUUUCAAACAGAUGGAACAAUAGCCGAUUACACGGAAGAAGGGAACAGGGCGGCCAUGAAGUUAACGGAAAGUGAAGAGCGUGAAAAUGACAUGCAGCCGCCUGAACUCCCGGUUUCUGGCUUAAUCAACGCCCCAGGGAAUGAGAAUUCAAUGGCUUAUAAUGAAAUUCAUGAGGCAAGUAAAGUGACAAGUGAAACUGCCGAUGAUCAUAUGGACACUGAAGGUAAUGUGGCAGCUAUGGCCUUAACUAACGAGGAAAAGUUAGAUGAGCAUAUGAAUGGAAAACCUUCAGAUGAAAGUAUUGCGUAUCAACAUCAAAGUAUAGCAAAACAUGAUGAAAUGAAUGGCGGGUCAUUAAACUACUCAACCGAAGAGAAUGUGUACACACAGUUGGUACCCCCGUCUGGCGACCGAAAUCAACAACUUAUAACGAUAGACCCUAGCUAUCUAAAUGCGCAUGGUCCAGAACAUAGUGAAGGGGGAACCAGUCAUAGUACAUUGAGCGCCGUGUUACGUAGCGGGUACACAGUUCAAAAUUUGACAUACUUAACCCCGAGUCAUGUGACCCAUGCUCCGAUUGAUAAUCCUGGCCAACUUCUCCCGCAAGCGGAUGUUGAGGCUUUCUUUAGCGAUAUGGAGCGCCCUAUGGCCACGAGUGUGAGCCUGUCAGGAAUGUAUUCAACGGGGACGGGACAAUUUACUACACUUACAAACCCACCUGGAUUAACUCUUGCACAGACAUACCAAACACAGAACGGAAGUGGGCGGCUCGUAUCACUUCAGCCGCCAUCUUAUUCAGAUAAUCAAGGUGAAUAUGGACUUACUCAGUUAUACUCUUCUCGACAGGGUACGAUUCCACCGCAGUAUCUCGGUACUGACCAAGGAUCGAGCUCAUCUCCUACGCCUCAAGCCAAUGCACAAUGGGGAACCAGUGCACAUGACACACUUUACGCUACUACUUCAUCGAGUCAUACGAUCGGGAACCAAGCUCAGAAAUAUACAUACCCUCAACUAAAUGACAGUCCCGUCGGUAGGGACGAUUCUCAGAUAUCAUCGCAGUACUCACGGGGUCUUCCGGUGGCUAGUUCGUACACGGGAUACCUUUCACAGGACCUCAACACCGGUGGCUGGUAUCAAAGUGCGCCUAGUCCGUACUCCGAUGUCAGACCUACUGAUGAAGAUUAUUUUGCUGAAGGUAGAGAAUGUGUCAACUGCGGGGCUAUAUCCACGCCGAUGUGGCGCCGUGACGGUACCGGACACUACCUGUGUAAUGCUUGCGGUUUACAUCAUAAAUUGAAUGGUCUCAAUCGGUACCAGGGUAAAAACUCUCCAUCAGGGGAGGACGAGCCGCCAGAAGAUAAAAUUAGAAAGUAUGACCAAAAAUAUGAUAAAGUAAGUUUUGUUAACAGACCAAUGUCAAUGAAGAAGGAUGGAAUACAAACCCGGAAACGGAAACCACGAACUUCCAACAGCAAAAAGUCCUCUUCAAAAGAAUCCGCACAUACGUCACACAGUUUGAACACUACGCAUUCGCAGUCAGGACUUCUAGACCUUAGUCAGCGAGCAGAUAACACUCUCAACACGUCCAUGCCUGAUGUAAAACCACCAGUGGCAUCUUACAACAGCAUGUACCACCAAACUCACAACUCAGCCGUUCCCUUUCCCCUUUAA